AUGAACGUUGAAAACAGGACAGAAAAACUCUUCAUUCCUCAAAACAGCAAAGCCAUGGAGGAUUUAAACGCAGCUGAGAAGUAUUUUCCAGUUCGAUUUCGUGAAGAGAUCGUUCUCUUGGUAGCAUCGUCAGAUCCUCCUAACGUUAUUAAUCGUGGUUGUCUGGAGCAGGCCCUAGAAGUUCACCAAGCAGUCGUGGAAUUAAAAUCGUAUUCAGAAUUGUGCCUGACCUUACCCGGUGUCGGCGCCAAAAAUCCCAAGGAAUGCAUGAUGAUUAACCCUUUGGACAUUUUUCAGUUUGAUAAGGGAAAUCUAAACCGCACGGAUUCGCAGCUUCAAGAAAAAGUCUCUAAAGAGUACACGAACACGAUGAAUCCUCAAGCAAUGUUUGUCAUGCGCAAUGGACGAUCCUUUCGCUACAACUUCGAACGAAUGUUUGGUAAAGUAGAAAAAGAAGGAGAAAACAUAACAGGCGCACAAGCGCUGCAAAUGAUCUAUUAUAUGCGUGAUCCAAGCGACAAAGAUUCGAACGCUAAAAUUCUUGAAUGGGAGAAAACGUUCGUGGACAAACUCCAAUCCUUGGUGGGCAAACAUUCCUGCUUUGCAGUCCAUUUCUCAAGCGAACGAAGCCUAGACGAUGCUAUUGCGGAAAGCAGUGGCUCUGAUGUCACCUUGGUAUCAAUCACUUUUACCUUAAUGAUCACCUUCGCCUGUGUGAUGUUAGGAAAGUUUAUGAAUCCAUUGACGGGGCAUUCAUUACUAGCUAACGCAGGCGUGUUUGCAGUGGCCCUGGGGAUCUUAGCUGGGUUUGGUUUGGCCAUGUGGUGCCGAGUUCCAUUUGUCAGUUUGGUGGGAGUGCUACCUUUCUUGAUUCUUGGAAUUGGAAUCGACGACAUGUUUAUUCUGGUGGACGAACUUGAUCGACAGCAACGCAGCAUGACAGUUGUUCUUUGUCAAUUCCUUCAGAACAGUGCGAGUCCACGGUGAUAGUGCUACUGUUGCAACUGGCUAAACCACCGCAAACGACAGUCGUGCAGAUGGAGGAAAGGUCGAUAGUCCACUACACGUUUUACGAGGAACUAUAUAACCAUUAGGGUGCUAACCAAAUGUAACAGAUAGGGCUCUGAAGGUAGGUAAGGGAAAGACGACCUUAGCAACAGUGAUAAAUGGUAAAUGUAUCCUGUGUAGUGGGAGACACCGCUUCCAAGAGAUUGGAAAAAGAGGGAAGUCAACCUCCUUUCUUCCUUUAACGACAGCUGUAGUCAAAGGAAGUUUCCAAACAAUCUUUUACUACCAAUUGGUUGUUGCGAUGAAGAUGCUUUCCGAAACAUCCACCACGCAAAAGUUGAAUGGUCGUUUAAUACUGAUGAAACAAGUCAAGACCCGCGGUGGCUCGUAGGGACAAAACACUUUCCAGAAUCUCAAACACUUCCUAGAAUCCAAAAACCUUUCACAGAAUCCAAAAAAACACCCCAGAAUUUGGAUUCUGAGACAUUAUUUGGAUUCACUGGGGCGUGUUUUGGGGGUUCUGGGUAGUGUUUAUGGAUUGUGGGAAUUGUUUGUGAUUCUGGGCAGAGUUUUCUCCCUGCAAGCAAUCGGCCGUAAAGCCUAGCUCUAGAUCAACAUUGUCUGAAGAGCGAUUCUCUGAUCUCGCAGUGAUUGCCAUGCACUACUCCGAGAGAUUUGAAGUGGCUAAGUAGAAAAGCAACAAACACUUAAUGUUGGUCGGCACUGCACUCUUAGUCCUUAUACAUGAAAGUUCGGAAUCAAAUUCCUCUGAAUUCAAAACGAAGAAAUUCUACAAAUGCAGAUUUGAAAACAAGUCUUCUUGGUAAAACAUGGUGUAUCAUAUAUUGUGUUUACCCUAGAGGCAUUUACUAUAAGAAGGACAAGGCAAAUGGCUCAUUAACACCUCUUGUUUGCUUAUUUUUUAGGUAUUUUUGCGUGUAUGCUGCCUUAACUGUGACCUUUUCAUACUUAAUGAUUGUCACAUAUUUUGUGGCCAUCAUGUCAUACGACGUAAAAAGGAUUAAAGCAGAGAAACAGUUAAGGAAGUCUUGUCACGCUCAGGUGCCACUAUCACGAUGACAACGUUGACCGAUUUGGUGGCGUUUGCUGUCAGCACGUCUACCUCCUUUCCAGCUAUCAGGUGAUGUGCAAAAUGCUCCUUGUAUAUAACCAUUAGGGUGCUAACCAAAUGUAACAGAUAGGGCUCUGAAGGUAGGUAAGGGAAAGACGGUCUUAGCAACAGUGAUAAAUGGUAAAUGUAUCCUGUGUAGUGGGAGACGCCGCUUCCAAGAGAUUGGAAAAAGAGGGAAGUCAACCUCCUUUCUUCCUUUAACGACAGCUGUAGUCAAAGGAAGUUUCCAAAUAAUCUUUUACUACCAAUUGGUUGUUGCGAUGAAGAUGCUUUCCAAAACAUCCACCACGCAAAAGUUGAAUGGUCGUUUAAUACUGAUGAAACAAGUCAAGACCCGCGGUGGCUCGUAGGGACAAAACACUUUCCAGAAUCUCAUACACUUCCUAGAAUCCAAAAACCUUUCACAGAAUCCAAAAAAACACCCCAGAAUUUGGAUUCUGAGACAUUAUUUGGAUUCACUGGGGCGUGUUUUGGGGGUUCUGGGUAGUGUUUAUGGAUUGUAAGAAUUGUUUGUGAUUCUGGGCAGAGUUUUCUCCCUGCAAGCAAUCGGCCGUAAAGCCUAGCUCUAGAUCAACAUUGUCUGAAGAGCGAUUCUCUGAUCUCGCAGUGAUUGCCAUACACUACUCCGAGAGAUUUGAAGUGGCUAAGUAGAAAAGCAACAAACACUUAAUGUUGGUCGGCACUGCACUCUCAGUCCUUAUACAUGAAAGUUCGGAAUCAAAUUCCUCUGAAUUCAAAACGAAGAAAUUCUACAAAUGUAGAUUUGAAAACAAGUCUUUUUGGUAAAACAUGAUGUAUCAUAUAUUGUGUUUACCCUAGAGGCAUUUACUAUAAGACGGACAAGGCAAAUGGCUCAUUAAGACCUCUUGUUUGCUUAUUUUUUAGGUAUUUUUGCGUGUAUGCUGCCUUAACUGUGACCUUUUCAUACUUAAUGAUUGUCACAUAUUUUGUGGCCAUCAUGUCAUACGACGUAAAAAGGAUUAAAGCAGGUCGAAGGGACUGUUUACCGUUCUGUCGCGCGCCACCACCAAGGGAAAACGCCCCGGCCUGGGACGAGCCUCGUCUUCAAACCUCUAACAAGCUUAUGGAAGCCUGGGCCCGAUUUCUUACCUUAUCCGUGGUCAAAGUCUUUGUGAUAAUCUUCUCCUGGUGCUUUCUAGCGGCCGGGAUAUAUGGUGUUACAAAGGUGGAUGAAAGUUUUGACAGAAGAAUAUUGGCCAAGGAUGAUUCUUACCUCAAGAAAUUUUUAUCUACUCAAGAAGAGUACUUUGAGCUGUCCAUUCCUGUGAGUGUUGUCGAAACUGGAAAUAUCGAUUAUGGAAAUAGAUCUGUCCAGGAAGAAUUGAGAAGUCUGUCCAAAAUUGUGACCUCUAACAAGUAUUAUGAAAACAGAACUUUGUCCUGGAUUGAAGUGUUUUCCCAGUAUGCCCAGCACACCAAUAAAAAUAUCCUCGGGUCGAACUUUACGCCGGAGUUGUUGUCGUUUCUUAAUAUAUAUUCAAAUUUUAAACAAGACGUGAAGUUUUCCUUAGACAAUAAAAGUGUCGAAGUCUCUCGAAUUAUGGGUUUCAUGAAAACCUCGACCAGUUCUUCUUUUCAGAAGAAUGCCAUGCUAACGCUUCGAGAAGAUCUCCAAACAGGUACAUUGAAAAACCUUGCAGCAUUCCCCAUCGCUCGACCCUUCAUUUUCUUUGAGCAGUACGCAAUCACGUCAAGGGAAACCGUAAGGAACCUUUUAAUCGCGGCCUUAGCUGUACUGAUUGUUACAAGCCCCUUUCUAGUGGACUGUACUGUUACGCUCCUAGUGGUGCUAAACUUUGCUGCCCUGAUAUGUGAGCUGUUUGGAUUGAUGGUGAUCUGGAGCGUAUCUCUGAACUCUGUAUCCAUGAUCAAUCUUGUCAUGGCUAUAGGAUUCGCGGUUGACUACAGCGCUCAUAUUGCGCAUGCUUACGUGAUGUCAGACAAGGACACAGCUAAUGAACGUGUUGUCGAAGCUCUGAGCACGCUCGGCGCCAGCGUUUUGAUGGGAGGUGAGUUUAUUCAAGAUAAGUUAAUAGAGAACAACCGUUUUGUCCUCAUUUUUUCCUCCUUUUUCCCCAGAGGAUAGGCGUUGUUCAUGAAUAAAAAAGUCCUAAUCUACUAGACUUUUCUUAUCUGCAUUAUGGUAAAAGAAUGAAAUGGGUUCUGUCAAACCGUGGGUUGUCAUCAAAGUUACGAAUCCUUCUUGAUGAAAAGACGAGAAUAAGUGUAGAUUGCGGAGCAGGCAUUCCUAUGCUAAACGCUAAAUAGCGUCCCCUUUUCUAACGUGUUUUUCUCUUGGCCCAGAUUUCGAGCUUAGUUUGUACAGGCUUGCAUGUUGAAUAAGCGAGAAAGUCGCCAGUACGCGCGUGCCGAAAGGGGAAAGGGCUUGAGUGCUUGUAGGGGAACCGGCUCUUGCUUCGAAAAGAACAAAAUUUUUCUUGUUUUCCUUUGUGUGUAGUCAGUGUAGGGUUGGGUGUUUAGGAUUUUGAUAUUCCACAUGCAUUCAUGCAGGAAUACCUAAAACAUUUUUCCUUUUUUUAAUUUCUGUCUUAGCCAAGCAAAAUGCAACUUGGACGGAAAGUUUUCGACUGGCGCACUUGGCAUUUAGCCGGUAGUCCCCGUUGUCAAACUUUCUCCCCGGAUCCCUGGAUGGAUUUCGGCGUGAUACCUUUUUGCCAAAAUCGUGCACUACUUUGUGAAAAUAGUCAGCUUUGACAGCAGAAUUUCUAUGCGCAGUUUUAAAAAUUGAAAUAAUUUUAAUAAGGAGACAAUAUCACCAGUGACUAAAGGAUACUAGCUGAAUUCUUUUCGCUUUAUUAUUUAUCAAGGGCCCAUUACCCGGAACGUCCGUCCAAUACUUAGACUGUGUUUUAGACUGAAGUAUACUUUUAGAUUUCUUUUUACAUGAGCGAAAUUAACCGUGUUCACAAACUCUUGCUAGGCUCUUGGCUGAUCUUACCCAUUAUCAUUUCGUUCUCUUCAUGUCCUUCAUUCUUCAUUUCAUUCAUUCAUUCGGGCAUCCAUCCAUCCAUCCAUCCAUCCAUCCAUCCAUUCAUUCAUUCUUUCGUUCGUUCGUCCAUUUAUUCAUUCUUUUCAUUCAUCAUUUUACUCAUGGUAUUAUUCAUUCAUCAUUUUUUUAAUCAUUCAUUCUCAUUCCUUUCAGGUUUUAGUACUUUUCUUGGCAUGGUAGUUCUGGCCUUUGCCGCUUCCGAGAUUUUCCGGAUAUUUUUUAAAAUGUUCCUUGGUAUCGUCGUGUUCGGCCUUCUUCACGGACUGUGCAUACUACCAGUAUAUCUCUCUUUAUUCGACUGGAAACCUGCUAUAACGAAGCCUAUCUCGGCUGUUCACGUGAGCGACGAGUACCAUUCUGAAAAUGACGGUGUCGUUGAUAGAUUACAACACGACGGCAAAGGAAGAAAUGAAAAAGUGAGUACAGAUGGUGAUUUGAGAAGUGCCUCUUCGAAUGAGGGCUUUGAACUGCACGAGCAGCGGCCUUUGAACGAAAGCACUGAUGAUUACUACCGAUCUAAAGACGAUGCCACUGAUUAUAUGAUGAACGAACAACACGGUGGGGAUGAAGGGGCCAUAAAGGCGACCACAGAGGGUGAUUUGAGGAGUGCCUCAUCGAAUGAGGGUUUUGAACUGAACGACCAAUCUCGGCCUUUAGACAGAACCGUUGUAGUUAAGCAGGCACACCAAGAAAACAAUGAGAGUGAUGUCCACAAUGAAGUAAAUGACAUGGAAAAGGAGGACAUUAAAGUUGAGAGUAACGAUCCUAUAGAGGUUCCACAGAAAUCCAACGCUGAAGAAAGUGAAAGAGAGCUUUUCCUUACAACUCAAGCAAGCGAACAUGGACAAGAAGAGGGCGGAAAUACAAAUUCGGAGGGAUAUGCUAAACAAGCUACUCCCCUUAUGUUAAAUGAGCAAAACAUUGCAUCGGACGACUCAACAAAAUUUUAGAUUAAUAGCCCGGCUUAGAACUAGUGUGAAUAAUAGUGUAGUAUAAACAUACAAACAUAGAUGUUAUGUAAUAUAAUAUAAAUAAUAUGGAAAUGAAUUAUGGGUGGCAUCAGUCUUUUGGUGGAGUUCCUGUGAAUUAAAUUACAAACACAGGAUACUAUGGCUAAGUCAGCUUCUCUUCAACUGGUCAAAGUCAGUACCACGUAGCCGUUGCGAAAUUAUUUCGCAACUUUUCCUAGUUAUGUUUCUCAACAAGCUAGAUCAUGUAAUUAGUUUGUAAAUUAAGCCUGUUAACUACAUAACAGUUUCACGCUCGUAAUUUAGCGUUUACCGCACCUUGUAGUGCACCUAGUAGUAGAGUCGAUAUGCAACAACGAUUUUUUAAUAUGGCAACAAUGCUGGAACAAUGUUGUGGCAGUUCCAAGUAACACAGCAGCAAUGUUUUCAGCGAUGUGUUGCGCUGAAUAUUGUGGGGCGGAUUGUCCCGUGCAACAUUGCCUUUACUUGCAAGAUCACUGUUGCUCAUUGACAGGAGUAACUUUUGAUGGAAUGUUCAAUUAGCCUGGUUUCCGUUACGAUUGCCACGCGAAACAAUCGCAAUCGUAGCGUUCCGAUGAAACGGCCAGUCUCAUAAACGUCACUUGUAAAUACAAGAACCUUAGAUCGGACUCGAUAGUUGCAACUAAUACAUCGUUCAGAUCUCUUUCGUCGUGGUGGUUGCUGAAAACUAAGAAUUUUUAGCAACUUGUGAUUUACAUGGAAAGACUUUGAAUUAAACUAAAUAAAGCAAAAUUAAUGAAAAACACUGUCUUUGCGUUCUCUCUCCGGGCCGUUAAAAUAAGCUUCAAAAAAAUUAAAUUUAAUGCAUGAUGAGCCAGGGAAUGUGGGGGGCGCUUGGACUGCGAAUUCGAAAAUGCUGUUUUUUUCGAUUUUCCAAGAGCUGAUUAGAACGAACUAAGGUGGUGAAUGCUUUUGAAUUAGGGGUCCCGUAACUGAAAUGUAUUGAAUUAAACGGGAGUAGGGGAAAAGAAAAUACAUUGCUUGCAAUCCACGUGAUGAUGACACUUUGCCAUUGCGGAGCUAGUGGUAUAGUUUAUUCUGGGUUUUCUCAUGACGUCAC